UUUCUCUCUCGAUUGAAUCACUAGACAGGUAAUAUGGCUCAAUCAAGUACUCGCUCUUUGGUGCACUUCUUUCUCCUUUUUUCAAGUUGAAAAAAAGGGAAAAUUCAUCGAGGGGGUCACCCCUUCCCAACCUGUUUUACCGCCUCUUGUCUAGACCAUUAUGAUUGCAUUAGUAGUUGGUAUACGGGCAUUUUCGACUUCGCCAGAGUGCAAUGUAGACUCGGUUCUCCAUAAAGUCUUCGGUCCUUAAAUCAUUAUAGGUCUUCAUUUUCGUCUAGAUUGAUUAAGAGACUUCUGGAACAAGCAUGGAAAAGAUUUUGAAAUCUUUGAAGGAGAAUGGCAUCAAGACUGUUCGAUUUGAACAAUCGAAUAUCUAUGGAGUACCCCACUGUCGAUCUAUUCCGGUCAAACAUUUCGAGAAAAUGGCUACCAAUGGGGUCAACAUGUGCCUUGCCUUCUUAGCAUUCGAUCCUAGGGGUGUACCUAUCAAGAACACCGGCUAUGCUGAAGAGGUUCACUUUGCUGACUGCAAGGCGUUUCCCGACCUGGAGACCUUCCAGAUUCUACCAUGGUGUACCGACACGGCUCGAGUCUUGCUCGAGGGGGAAUUCAACGGCCAGAAGGUGCCCGGAUACCCAAGGGUUGUUGCCAAACGACAACUUGACCGUUUGAAAGAGCUGGACCUGUCUCUUUGGUCAGCCCAUGAGUUUGAAUUUUAUCUCGUCAACAAAGAAACUAUGAAGCCCAUGGAUUCGGACACAUUCUGUUUAUCAACAGUUUGUUUGUCGAUGUACGAUGCCUUUUUCCAGCAAGUUAUUACAGAUCUUCCAAAGGCUGGUGUUGAUAUUGAAUGUUUUGGAUGUGAAGCCGGGGAAGGACAGUUGGAGAUAACCUUCCGUCCAGAGUUUGGGAUUAAGGCUGCAGAUACAGCUCACACAUUCAAACUGGGAAUCAAGGAAAUCGCACUUCAGCACGGAUACAUCGCUUCGUUCAUGUCUAAACCAUGGCUAGAUAAAUUCGGUUCAUCCGCGCACUACUGCCACUCGCUUUGGGAUGCUGACGGUAAGAUCCCGAAGCUUUACGACGCAUCCAGUCCCACCAGUUUGUCCGACAUUGGGCAGUACUGGGUUGCCGGUCUUGUUGCUCACGCCAGAGCCAUCGCAAUCUUCAUGGCACCAACGCCAAACUGCCUCAAGAGGUUUCAAGUAAAUUCUGCUGCCCCUUGGAACGCAACAUGGGGACCUGACAACCGAACCUGUGCCAUCCGAGUCAAAACCGAUGGAGAGAGAAGUGCCUACAUCGAGAAUCGGAUAGGUGCAAGUGCGUGCAAUCCGUAUAUCAGCAUGGCUGCAACCAUUGCAGCUGGAAUAGAUGGUAUCAUCAAGAAACUUCCGCUUCCAGAAGGCAUCGACGGUGAGGGCGAUGCAUACCAGGAAAAGUAUGUCCCAGAAGGAACCAAGAGGCUACCUGCAACUAUGGAAGAAGCAGUUGAAGCUUUGCUAGAAGACGAAGUCAUCACUGAAGCCCUUGGUCCUGAGUUCAUAAAAUGCUUUGUGGCAGCAAAGAGACAUGAUAUUCAAUUGGAAAAGGACGCGAUAGCCAAAGGGAAAUGUGAGGAAUGGGAGAAGAAAUAUCUCUUCUCCUCGAUGUGAACAGUUUAUUCGUUUCUUUUCUAGGUUCACAGCGAUAUAGCUUUCAUUUUGAACGUCGUUUUGUUCAAAUUUGAUAAAUUUGUUACCAAAAUUACAACUUACUACUCGUAUUGGUUGAUAUAAAAAACAACAACCAAGAACCAACUGAUAAUCCAGAUGAUAAUGAUGAUGAUGAUAAUGAUAAUAAAAAUAAUACGCGUGCUUUAUAGGAAUUGUUUCACUCAAAUUUUUAGUUACUAUAGCGCCCCUAUUUUAUUUCAUUACUUUCAUUUCAGUGAAUUUGAUAAGUGUAGUGUAGUUUAUAUCAAUAUUUUGUUGUGAUAACUGUAACAUUUUAUACACUGUCAUGUAAGCACUAACGUAAAAAAUAUUUGUCAUUUGUGUUAUUAAGCACUGCCUAGAUAAUGAUUCAUAAUUUGAUUUUACUUUCAUGUAUGAUAUUGAUAUUAUUUGUUGUAAUCGUAAUUCUGUUUUCAUCAGGCCAUUGAUGAAAUAAUCCUUUCGCUGAUCUUUUGUACCUGAAUAAAUAUACCUUAUUAUGAUAAAUAAAUAAUUAAAUAAAUUAAUAAG